AUGAAACCAAAAAAAAAACUUGACCCAAAAAAACUUGACCCAAAUGUCAUUGUUCACAAGUAUCCGGGUGAUAAGAGAUUCACAAAGCGACUACCAGUUGAAAGAAAUCUUACUUCCAUUCGAACAAUUCUUGAUAUGAGGCCAAACCUGGCUUUUUACGAUUACAAAGACAAUAAAAAAAUUAAGCGCUCUUUAGAAGAUUCAAUAAACUUGAAGGAUAUAGCAUGGAAAGAAGAUAAUGAAUUUAAUAUAAUAAUCAAGAAAGAGAAUGACGAAGACUGGAAUGAACUAAUCGAGCAGUGCGCAAUUGACAUGGGAUUUACAUAUGAAAAUGAUCGCAUUAAAUUAGCAAAAUUACAAGCAUUUACGAUUGAUGUAACAACGAUUAAACCGCAAACUUCACAUCUUUUUUUGGAACAAUUAAAUAUUGAUAAAACGAAUGUUAUAUUGGAAAAUGAUUUCAUCGAAGACAUAAAUUCAGCAUUAGAUGCUAAAUAUUCACGUAAAGAAAAAAUUAAGAAACUUACAGAAAUUUCAAAAAAAUAUGGUCAUUUCUAUGCUAGCGAAGUCGUUUUUGGCGGUGCAAUCAUUAAAAACAUCAAGAAUAUUAAUGAACAAAAACAUAGCACAAAAGAACGCAAUUCAAAUAUUUCUUGUGGCUUUAAGAAUAAUCAAACUCAUUUUGAGUUGGGAUAUAAUUCUGAAAAUACUGUAUCAAAAUUAUUGAAUAUAUCUCAAAAAACAUUAACAAUCAUUGGUGGAAACGUUGCAUCUUAUGUUCAAGAUGAUAUUGAAGCCAUAAAACAAUGGAGGGAAUCGGUUAAUGAUCCUAAACAAUGGCGUAUAAUUUCAUACAACAUACGGCCAAUAUUUGAUUUACUUGAUGAUGAAAAAAAAGAAGUAUCGAAAGCAUUUGGUAAACAAAUCCUUAAAGCUAGGAUAACUACUCGUAACACAGAAUUACAACAACUAAGCACAUGCCCAAUUGUGAUAGAAGGUUUGGAUAAAGAAAUUAAAGACGUUACUUCAAAUCCACUUCAAUGUCAGAUCUUUGCAUCAAUAAUCAACCAGGAUAAUCGAGUUUAUUCUUUGCGAAUUGAAUACUUAGAUAAAAAUACACCUACAUUUGUUAUCCAUUAUAUUGGAGGAAGAAAAAACUCAAGGAAAAAACAUCAAUGUGAAAUACAAGUUGGUUGGAUUAUUAUUGGUUAUCCAGAAAAAUUUAUAUUUGAACAAAGGAAUAAUGAAAUGGAAGUUAUUAUCAAUGAAAAAAAAUGUGAUGAUAAAGAAAUGGAAAAAAUAGAAACAGAAAACAACCAUUCGUAUCGAUGCACUAUUACUCCUUCUUCCAAUAGUUGCUGUAAAUUAGGAAUUAGUGUGAUUGAAAGUCCUGAGAUCAUUAUUGAUGCUGAAUCUCUCUUACUGAAAGUGAAAUUGAAAAACUGCAAGAAAUAUGGUAUAAUUUCUAACUCCAUUGACGACUAUAAAAAAUUAAGUGCCCUUGAUAAGGAAGAUAAAAAGAUUCUUUCUUCAAUUCUUGAAGGUUGUGGCAAAAUCAAAAAUGGAUACAAAGUUGGUAAUCUGGUAUUUAUGAAUGUUGUGAAUAAAUGUGAUCAUCAUGGAUUUGUAAACAUUACCCCACAAUAUCUACUUUAUGAUUCGCUAAAUAACACAAGUAAUGAAUUUGAAGGACACAUUUCGUGCUUACCAUUAAGAUUUUAUAUUUAA